GGAUGUGACAAAAUAUUUCGAAAAUUUGAAUUUCAUCUCGGGAGACGUGGAAGUGAUUUUCAAAAUUCAAAUCCAUGAUCCAGAAAAAUAAAAUAAAUUUAAAAUUUCAACAUUCAGCCCCCAACUUAUCCACAACUUUACAAUUCACACCCCACAAAACCCUAGAGCAUUCAAUACCCCAAACAAACAAAACCCCUCUCGAACCCUAAUUCCUUCGAUUCACAAUCUCUAUUUACUCUCUCACUGCUUUCAUUCUCCUUAUUCAACCAGUGGCUCUUUCAAUUGAGUUUUGAGUACGCUGUUAACAUAAUUUUUGUCAGAUUUUGCAAUGGAAGUAAUGAAAUCUUUCAGUUCUGAUUUGGGGGUUUCCAGGAAGACAAUGGCUGCUUUUUCUGAAUUUCUUGUGGCUGCUCGUGUUUCUCUUGCUUGUGCCGUCAUGAUGACUGGAUUUCUGCUUCAGGGCGAACACACGUUGCAGACGUUAAUUGGGAAUGAUCAACGGUUUCCAAUUUAUGAGCUUAACAAGAAGAGCAAAACUGAACCUGAAGCCAAAGACGGUAGUGACACAGAGGAUGACGACGACGAUGACGAAGCAGAGGAGCCAGAAGACGAUGACGCUGGAGACGAAGAUUUCUCGGGUGAUGAAAAGGAAGAAGAAGAUGACGAUGAAGGAGACGCCGAUGAGCCUGAGGCAAAUGGCAAUCAAGGUAGUGACGAUGAUGAUGAUGACGAGGAUGGUGACGAGGAUGAUGAUGAGGACGGUGACGAGGAUGAUGACGAGGAUGAAGAGGAAGAAGAAGAUGAUGACGAGGAAGAAGAACCACCGGCGAAGAAGAGAAAAUGAAGAUGAUUUGUUUAAAUGAGAGGUUUUUAUAUUUUCGUCAGGCGUUUUAUUAUUAAGUAUGUAGUAGGGAGGAUUAUAACGUUUUAGUCUGGUUUUGUGCGUUUUCGAUUGUAGGGAUAUGAAACGUCUAAACCUUUGUUUGCAAUGGUUAUUGUGUUUUCUCUAUACCUUGAUGCAAAUAUGAGGUGGGUUUGAUUC